GCUAGGGAGACAAAGGUGGCCGGGUUUGAUGCUGGCCACUCUACCCUCUUGUGCGCCAUCCUAAUCUUCAUAGGUUCUCGCUAACAACGCUUGCCCCAACAGUCUGUCGAGGCUACAUGGGGGAGCUUUGUCUGAGGGUGGUGGAGCCUUGUGUGAGCCAUGUGUCAACACGCCCAGCCUCUCUACACCAGUUAGGGGGGCAAGUGCAGAAUCGGUCCUGGCCGUCUCCCCAUGUGUGCCACGCUGGCCAAAAUAGAUGCUUACUAACAUGGCAGCAUAGUAGCGAGCCUAACAAGGGCAUCACCGUCUCAGGGUCAUGUGUGUUUAUGCGCAACCAGGCUGCGUGGUUAUUGUUAAAUCCUGCUAUGGGUAUAGCACGUGCAGGGUGAUUACAAUCCAAAUGUACUGUAAUCAUGUCAAGUUGCUUCUUCAUAAGGGUCCUCCAUAGUUGGAAUGUUUUGUUUAUUCCCAUGUUAGUGAACGCUUUGCAACGUGGGCAAUCCACUGCCCGAUGAAGGCCUCCUCACUCCGUGUGGGUCACAGGGGCUGUUUGACCAUUCUAGUCGUAUGAGACUUCAGAACCCGGAAUCAUUUGAGAUACGAGGGGGGUGGCAAUGCUCCUUACAGCGGGGUUCUCACAACCGUGCGGGACUCGUGGGUUUGUGAGUUUAACAAAUGUGCCUGAUCCACUCACAUUUCCCUCUCGAGGGCUCGACUGCAGGCAUGUACCACCUAUGCCCAGCCAGCUUGUGUAACAUUCACUUGACUUGUAUUUCAAUAGAUUUCUAAAAAUGUCACCUAAUUGGAUGCAUUGUACUGCAUGACAUGUGACAUACGGUCACUCCUUGCUUAGCGGUGUUCACACAACAUAUUUUUGCUAUAAUGUGGUUCUUCUAUUAGGGAACCCGUCGCACAAUGCGGAACAUGCACCGUUACAGCGGUGUUUCUGAGCGGUCAACGUUUAACUACAGUACUUGUGAAUAUGGAUCGGAAACAUAGAAAGAGAAAUGGAACACAAGCUCUAAAGUAUACAACGAGGCAUGCAAAGGCACGUGCUUGGAUUUACAUUUAGAGGACAGAAGGAGGAACUCGUGGAUUAGAGAACAAAUUAGAGACAUCAUAUAGACCUUUAAGAGAUGUGAGUGGGCUUGGGCAGGACACGUCAUGGCUAGAAUGGACGAUGGCCAGUGGUCGAGACUUAAGACAGAGGCAGCCAAGAGCAGGUGUAACACACCCAAGAGGACAUCAGCUACGGAGAUGGAGUAAUUAAAUUAUCUCGCGUGUAGGUGCUGGGUGGAUUGUUAUUGUGGUACUAUGAGAGCUGGCAGUGGCUUAGGGAGGCCUUCAUCCGGCAGUGGAUAGAUCAUCGCGAAUGGUGCAGAUAAUGAUGAUGUGGUCGCCCAAUUACUCUGACUUAAAAUAGCUUGAUGCUUCCUGUGUGAUCACCAGUUCGGUCAAGAAACGGAGGGGAAUGCCCGAGCGUGUGAGCGGCCUGUCCUGCUCCGCUAACGCACGGGGUCGGCCGUGUACCCGUGUAGUUGUGCGAGCGGCCCAUUGUGUGCCUCCGCACGUUUCCUGAGCUCCAUCCAAAUUCCCCACAGAUGGCUUAGACAGGCCCCGCCUGGCCUUCAUUGCCGGCGGCACGAGUGCGCCUCGUGAACCACAGGUGCCGCGCAUUGCGAGAGUGGUUGGAGUGGCGUUUGGCCGGAGCGUUUUAAUAAAAUUCACGAGGAGCACAUCUCCAGCAUUGCAAUCGUACCGCAGGGAGAGGUGGGAUCCGGGAAGGCUGCGCAGCUGAUUGGGAUGUGGCACGUCAGGUGAGCGGAACGUACCCUUCCCCAUGCGAAGGUCAAGGAGGUCAUCGGGAGAGAGAGCCCCGUCGCUCGAAUACCGGGCUGCCAGGCUGCUCCCCAGGGCUUUGGGGGUGGGGGGCUGGGAGUUAAAACAUUCCAUUCUCUACAUUCCCUGGCCGAGGAGAGCCGUGUUGAGUCGUGUGGAGGGCCAGCUAGCCGACCCCCCAGCAAGCGCCGUGCCGCCGUCAAUGAGGAAUUACAGACUCAUCUUCUGCCACAACCUAAAGCAGCCGUAGCGAGGCCCCCGGGGAGGCGUCGCGCAACGCCACUCGUUACACGAUGGGGGACAGCGGGCUCGGCCUCGAGCCCUGCCACGCGCAGGGCAAGUCCGGGGGACGGGUCCAUGAGGAAGUGAAGCACAUGUUCUCUCCACCGUCGCUGCCGCCGCCGGCAUUUGGGUAUGGCCACGGCGGCCUCCUGGAGCCCGGCGCCACGGCCCCGGAGCCCGGUGCGGCUGCGGGGGGGCGCACGUUCGGCGUGGAGCUGGCGACGCUGCUGGUUGGCGUGCCACCCGGCCGCACCGUGCCACUCGUGGUGGAGACCAUGGUGCAGUUCCUGGAGGAGCACGGCCUGGAGUCGGAAGGCCUCUUCCGGGUGAGUGGCAGCGUGCGUGCAGUGGAGCGGCUCAGGCAGGCCUGGGAGGCGGAGGUGAUGAGCGACCGGGAUGGCGGUGUCACCGGCGCCGACGGCGACGAAGGCGGUGAUGCGGUGGAGGUGCCCGAGGCGUGGCGGGGCCAGGCAGACGUGUCGUCCGUAGCCGGGCUGCUCAAGCUGUUCCUCAGGGAGCUGCCUGAUGGCGUUGUGCCGGCCAGCCUGCUUCCCAGCUUCCUACAGGCAUACCGAGACAGCGCCGGGGAUGAAAUGCGGCUCGCUGAGUCGCUGCGGCUGCUGCUGGCUCAGCUGCCGGGCGAGAACCAUGCGCUGCUGUUCUACCUGUGCUCCUUCCUGGUGCGCGUGGCCCAGCACCAGGAGGUCAACCUCAUGUCGCCGCAAAACCUUGGCACCGUUUUCGGCCCCAACUUUUUCCGUGUCUCUCCUGGAAUCGAGGGCAUUGCGGAGCAGCAGGUGGUGAACCGAGUCACGGCGAGGUUCAUCAUCGACUUCCUCUCCAUCUUCCAGGAAGACAGUCCUCGGCACGCACACGUCAUCCUCGUGCAGGAGCUGCAGGAGGCGGCCGCUUCAACCAGCGCCGAGGAAGCAGCAAACGACGGAACGCAGAACCCGCCGCCGGCCGGCCGGCUAAAUGGAGAAGCGAGCUAUGCCACAGUGGCGGCCGCCACUCGCAAGAAGAAGAGGAACCGCGCGAUCCGCGUAGCGGAGGAGGCCUCCUCGUCGAGCUCCGAGGCACGGCCCGAGAGUCCGGACGGAGCUCCGUGUCCCAGCUCCGCUCGCCGGGACCCCCCCAUGUCCCCGCCGCCAGCGUCGUCAUCGUCACCGCCGCCGCUAUCGUCGCCGCGCGCCUGCCCCACGGACCGCCGCUGGCCCCCGCCACCUGCGUUCGAGCCCCACGGUCAUCAUGACUCGGAGGGCGCGGCACCGGAGGAGGAGGAGGAGGCGGUGAGGCACGGCGCAACAGAGCCACACUGCGCCCGAACCGUCGGGAAGGAGAGCGGGCGUGGCAUGGCGCCAUCACGCACGGCGGCGAAUGGAGAGGACAUGGAUUCAUCGCACAGCGACACGGAGCCCUUCAGCAGCUUGCAAGAGGAUGACCGACCGGACUCCCCGUGCUUCUGCAGCAUCUCCAGUCCGGUGCACAGCUCUGCUGAAGCUCUGCUGGAGCAAACCAUCGCCAGCACGGUGGAGCAGCACCUCUUCGACACAGACGCGGGCGACGAGGGCGGCGGCGGCCUUUGGGACGCUGUGACGACGACCGCAGCCCCGUCGAGACCACGCCGGCGCCAGCUGAGAUCCCCGGGGCGGGCGCAGGCGGCUGACUUGGACAACACCAACAAGGUGAACAUGCCCGCUUGCGAGGACUCCAACGCGGGCGCCCAGACGGACGGAGCUGCCAAGUCGGACGUGCCAAAGAAGCAGCGCGGGGACGGCGGCGCCACGAGCGGGAAGGGGCCUGGCACACCGGAUGACCAGGGGGGCCUAAGAGCCAAGCGACAGCGGUCCAACAGCAAACGGGGCGGCCAGCCAGCGCAAGAGGCGAUGGAGAGCGCUGGCCCGGGAGGGUCAUGCGGGACCGGUCGGACAUCCGCCACGGAUUCGGAGACCGACAUGGAGGAGGGGAAGCCUGCGAGCCGCGCUCUGCUGCCACCGGAAGAGGAGGAAGAGAAGAAGAAGAUGAACAUGAGUCAAGGGGAGGAGCUCGCCGACAUGGUGAACACGACGACGCUGUCCUCGCUGACGGCCAGUCGCGCCCCGCCGCCCCGCAACCGCCGCAAGCCGAGCCGUGGCACGAUACAAAAACGUAGCCCUCUCCCGCCGCCGCCCCGCGGCACGGCUCCAGGGACCCCGUGGAAGGAGGAAAACAACAACGAGGUGGUGCCCAUGGAGCAAGAGCUGUCAUCGGCAUCUCCCCAACGGGGCCUCGGGGGACCCUCGCAGACGGCCGUGGGCGGCACCGCGCGCAGGACCGACGUUCCGCUGCUGGACCUGGCCGGCAUCGCGCCAGACACUGAGUGGGGAGAGCCGGUGCGGUUGUUCCGGGAUUGGCGUUCGGAGUCGAGCGAGCCGCACCUUUCCCCCCGGCCCGGCCGCCUCAUCCGCCGCCUCCUGGCAGACGAAGCGGACCCGCUGCUGUCGCCGCGUUGCUCCAGCUUCAGCCACUCGCAACGCUACCACACGGACCCCGAGGCGCCGCCGUCGCCACCCAACUUGCCCAGCUUCAUGAGGCCCAGGUCAUCGUCGCUGGGCUCCCGCGAGGAGGAGCACGACAAGGAGGAGGUGACAUCAUCGCAGCUUUCGAAGCGAAUCCAGAGCCUGAAGAAGAAGAUCCGGCGCUUCGAGGAACGCUUUCAGGAGGAGCACCGCUACCGGCCGAGUCACAGUGAUAAAGUCACCAACCCGGAAGUUCUCAAGUGGAUGAACGACCUUGCUCGCUCGCGCAAACAGCUCAGAGAGCUCAGGCUAAAGCAGUCGCAGGAGGAGACGGUGAGUGGCAGGGAUGCCCUAACGCGACAGCGCAGCAACACCCUCCCGCGGAGCUUCGGCUCCAGCCGGCCCUGCGAGCUGAGCCUCCUCCCGGAGUUCCCUACGGUGGAGCUGCCCUCGGCAGAGGUCCCCUCGACGGAGGCGCCCUCGGCAGAGGCGGACACGCGGGAGGGGACGGUGCGGGAGGACGGCUCCCCCGCCGGAUCCCCCAAAGCCUCGCGGCGAGGCACGGAGCAGCCCAAGCUUGCCCACAGGCCCACGGCGGAGAAGCCUAAGGCGGAGAGGCCCACGGUGGAGCAGACGAUGGAGGCGAUCGAGCUCCGUCUGAAGGAGAAGAGGCAGCAAGCGGCACGACCGGACAGUCCCAAGGAGAUGACGAGGGAGCAGAUCGCAGCCGAGAAGGUGGCCAUCCAGAAGAGCCUGCUGUACUUCGAGAGCAUUCACGGCCGACCGACGACGCGCCUGGAGAAGCACAAGGUGAAGCCACUGUACGACCGCUACCGCUCCGUCAAGACGCUGCUGGUGCGAGCGCGCGCCAUCCCCAUCAUCGAGGAGGAGGAGGGCACGGAUGAGGAGGACGACGGCAAGGCAGUUCGCGCGACGCGCCCGGCCCCGGCGCAGGAGCCGCCGGCGCCGGCGGCACCCACGGCGGUGGCUCCAGUGACGUCGGCGACGCCACCGCCGUUUGCGCCACGCCGCCUUCUGCCGGAGGACGAGGAGCAGGACACGGACGGCUUCGUUUCCCCGCUGGAGGAGAGCUGCGGCAGCAGCUGCAAGCUGGCGCGCGUGCGGCCCGACCCAUCGCUCUCCACACUGCACGCCGCCUCGCGGGAGGAGUUGAUGGAGCACCUCCGCACCACGCGCUCGGACAAGCGCCGCCUGCGCAAGCUGCUGCGCGACUUUGAGGACUCGUUCUACCGGCACACCGGCCGGUACGGGCAGCAGGCCUCGCCGCAGGCCCCACUCAAGUCCAAGAACGUGGCAAAGGAGGACCGCUCGACGCUCGCGGAGCAGUACACCGAGUACAAGCACGCCAAGGCGAAGCUGCGCCUGCUCGAGGCUCUCAUCGGCAAGCAGGGCACGAGCGCUGUCACCGUCUAACCACGCUUCGGCCGUGACGAGGGCGGUCCCGCCAACUCGCCUGGCCGGCGACAACCACCUAGCAGCGGUGGCGGGAGCGGCAAUGGCGCACUCCUCUCCAGGAGCCGUCGUGCGUCGAGUUGUGUUCUUGCCAUCGACCACGCAGUGUCUGUAUGCGCGUGUGGGCGCGUGUCCGAGUUCUACUCACCUCUCAGCCAACGACAGCAACACCACGCAAACAACGCAUGCGCUCGAGUCAGUCGUUACCAUCUCCUCCUAACUUUCCCCUAACUGGUUACCACCAGAAAGAGCCGCUAAUAAAAUCCUCUGCGGUAGGCUCGGUCUUUCGCCCGUCGCUCUCCGUCUCGUGCCUCCUCACUCCCUCACUCUUGUGUACAAUAGGGAGUGACUUUCAUCACAGGUCGGGCUGACCGGCAUUUUCUCCCGCCCGGUUCACAUUGCUUUACGUUUUCUGGCCCUUCCUCUCGCUGCACCCCAAAACCCCUAUCCCGUGUGAACCACGCACGGUGGGUGAGAGUUUUAACCGUCGAGAGAAAACGUUCAUGGUCGACAAUGCAAAUUCAUCCAUCGGAUCUCCACCCAGAUUUUUGGGUGGAUUUCUUGUUUUAAGAAAAUACAUAAAUUAUAAAAAAACAACACCAAGUGUUGAAGCCAAGUCACUUGACCUAAUGAAGUUGCACGCCGUGACGCCACUGGUGAACGCCAGCGGCGGGGCAGUGCAUGACCCGCAGUCUGCUGCUGCUGCCUGCCACUAACACGAAGUGCGUCCUGGUGAUUGCAGGGGGGAGAGGAGGCGGCGUCACGUGGGUCGCUCGGAGACGGAGCCCGCGUCGUGUUUGGUUUCCAUGGCCGUGAAGCGUUUCACACGGCGUGGUGCGGCAGUCCCUUCCUCCUUUCACUCGCUCUUCUCCCCGGAGUGUCCGCUGCUCCCCCCCCCCUGCAAACCCCAUCCGUAGCUGAAACGUUACUUGUUAUACAAGUUUUCUUUGGAUUUCUUUAAUCUCGUAUUCUACAGCCGCGAGCCUCAGCGGAACUGGACGCCGUCAAUCGGAAUCCUCCCCGUUUUACAGAACACCCGCCCCACGGCCAACACCACGACCGCCACCACUGGUGCAACCACCGCUACCACCGCCGCCCCAUCACACCACCACCAUCAUCACCGCCACCAUCGCCGUCAUCAACACCGUCGCCGUCUCGUCCCGCUAGGGAGGGAGGCGCCGGCGAAGCGUCCGGAGCGGUGCCGCCCGGCGCACUUGCCAAGCAGCAUGCGCUUUUACGUAGUCCGUCGUGCCCAGUGGGUGAGCACGCUUUGUAUCGUGGGGCAGCGUCGUGGCCGUAAGCGGCCCGAUCCUAACGCGUCGCUUUCUGUCGCUGGACACGCGUGAAAACUGCUGGCGAUUCAUAGCAGUUACGAGUCGGUCACCGGCUUUUGAAGGAAAAGAAAGUGAUUGUUAUUGAUUCCAUGUUAAGAUUAACUUAAGCUAUCCUGAACAUUGUGAAGAAACUGAUUAAAACUAUGAUUAUUAAUGUUAUGCUAAAAUAGUUUUGACAUGAUUAACACUAGCCGGCAAACAUUGCUUUCAACACACAGUAGAACUAUAAAUAAUAAAUUAAAAUUUUCGGGUGGUAGUUAUUGUAAACUUUUUUUAAAAACGUUUGUUGGGCACUUUGACAAUUCAUUUAUAUCGACAAAAAGCGGAAACUUUUUUUUUCCCGUUGAUUAAAUGGAGCAAAAUCGACUCAAGUUAAUGCCUCGCUAAAGUGACAGCUGAUGGCAAUACUGACUCGGCCUGCAUCGGACCGUAACGAGAUUAGAGCCUUGUCUGGCCUUGCGAGCGAAACUAAAUUGAUGGCGUUAGAGGCCAUGAUUUGGAGCUCGGGCUGAGCAUUAGUGCCCGAGUAGAGCCCCCCCCCCCCCCCCCCGCGUUUGUGCUGACCCCGCGUGUAGCCGUAUCGCGUGUGUGCGUGUUAGCUGUGAUUUGAGCCGUGUGUGCCCCUCGAGUGUCGCUGGCCGUCAGUGUUAGAGGAGCGCAGUGCGCCGCUGUCGGUGCGAACUCGGCGUCGGGGAGGCGGAUGCUCGCGCAGUGGGUCCCCACCUCACCGCACGCCGCCCCCCCUCACCAGCCAGAGCUGCGAUGACGUGAGAGUAAAGCUCAACAAAAUUGAGCCCCCACAGAUUCUGUUCUGAACAUGCGAUCGUAACUAAAGCUGUUCCGAAACAAAAGCAGAUGAGUUGAGUUCGUUCUGCUAACCGGGCCAUCAAGAGGUCAGCAGGUGCACCUUGGUGACAGAGAGUUAGAUGGCCUUCCUUCUGCGAGACACGGAUUUGUUUGUGUCUCUCGCGAGCUCCGUCUGCACUGGAACGAGCCUGGUCAGAACUAUUUCCCGAGUUUGAACGCAGCUUCAGAGGGCUGUGCGGUGACCCCAGUAACUGGGGCGAACGCCUCUCCCGGCGUCUCUCUGCCCUGGGUCUAGACGCGUCGCGUACGGCUGUGCUCCCAACCAUCCCCGUGGAAAUGCGGGGGUAGCUCGUGAGUGUCGUGGAAACGCGGGUUAACCAGCACCACGUCCCUUCGACGUCACCUAUUCGCCCCUUGCCUACGAGUUCACCUCCCAUCGUGCAUCGAUGGGAUGGGAUAAUUUGGAAAAAAAAACACAAACCUGUCUAGACUUUGGCAUGAAGCGACGUUCUAUUUUUUUAAGCAAGGUGGCAUCUCAUCGACGCCCCCCCCACCCACGAGGUCACACCCCGUGCCCUCCAGUGUGCAGCGGCAGAAGUACCAGCAGCGUGGCCAUAGCGGUGGUGGUGUUGCGCAAGACGUCGCGGCGAGUGCGCGAGGCUCUUGCAGCGGCAUCCGACCUCUGCUCUCGCUCUCCCGUCUCCCUCCACCCGUCCAUCCCGAGCUCGCUCCCAGAACAACGCGGUUUCGAUGGACGAUGACGAGCGCUCGGGGGGGGGAGGCCGUGGUCGCGCGGGCGCUCGGACGGCCUGCGACCUCGAACCCCUCCUCCCCUCCGCCGCGCGCCGCGUGACGGCACCAGCCGCGGACCUGGGUUCUCGGUAGCCGCCUCACCUGGCGAGGCGGUUUCGCCAAGCUCGACAAUUUCACUAUUUAUUGAAACGGGAGUGUGGGUUUUGUGUGCACGUGCACUACACUCCGAACCCGGCCACCCGAGUUCGAUUCCUGCUCUCGGCCACCACCAGUGACGAUUAUCCGAACCGGCCAUGGGCCUCCCCUAGGGAGUACAAAGGCGGCCGGGCGUGGUGCUGGCCACCCAAUCCGCCAUGUGCCGUGCCGGCCUUCAGAGGUGCUCGCUAGCAGCACUUGCCCCGACAGUCUGUGUUGGCUAUGGGGGGGGGGGGGAUCUUUGUUUUCCUUCGUUAGCAAGAAAACGGUCACCGAGUGGAGCGCGUGCUGUUGGGGUUUUGCUCGCAAGGUAAAUUCAACACCGUGAACCGGUUAAGUCGAGCCGCGAGACAGCGGCACAGCGAGGGAGCCACGCCCGUACGCCCGGGACGCGUCUGCGCAUUGGGCCAAACGCGGGCUGCCCGAGCCGACUGAAACCGGCGCGCUUGGCGUUGGCGCCGACGCUCGCUUUGCGCCGCACUGGAGGAGCGCCCCUCGCCACCGCAUGCAGCCACACGUGGCCUCCCUCGCGACUCCCCCCCCCCCCCCCCUUUAACAUCCCCCAUGGUGCCACCUCGGCCAAAACUCGGAACCCUCUCCCCCACCACGCACGGGGCUGAUGAUGCCCUCGGCUCAAACAGCCGAGCAACUUGUUGGUUCUCUUACCUGCUUGCGUAACGAUGAUAAUAAUACUACUCAUCGUAACAGCAAGUGGGAGAGAAGAUGUCGUCUCUGUCCAUUGCUCGGCGCUGAGAACCCAGGUUCCUGCUGCUGCCGCUGGCGUCGUCGUCGUCUGCCGUGCGCGCCGCGCGUGCCGUUUACGAGCUCUGCGGAGCUCUCGUCGUCCUGAAUGUUUCCCCUCCCGAGUAUUAUUACUAUCUUCAUCAUCAUCGAUCGCUUGUUGUUGUUAUUGUCAUUGCUGUUCUAUUUUUUCUAAAAUAUAUAUACAAUGUGUUGAUACUGACUUGUUGUGACAAAGUUAAGGUUGUUUUCGUAAUGUAUUCUCUUUUUUUAUUUUCCUUCCCCCAAAGAAUAACGAAUAAACCCCCACCCCGGUCACUGUU